ACAAAAAUGGCGUCUGUGUUGUGUUGAGGAGCAUACGAUAUAAACAUACUGAGUGUUUUUUGUGUUUUACUAUUGUGAUUUUUAAAAUAUUGUGUAUUUUUAAUCACAAGAUUAGUGAGAUUAUAGAAAGAACUAAUGAGUUUGUUGACCGAUGUCUGCCGUGGCUCCAACUAUCCCCGGGGCUGACCCAGCAAAGGAUAUACAAAAGCGCCGUGCUGGCAGUGUUGGAUCCGAUGAAGACGACGCAAGCGGCGGAAAAUACACAAGGAUGGAGGAGGACAACAUUCAAGACAAAGAGAGAUUUGCAAGCCGGGAAAAUCAUUGCGAGAUUGAACGUCGUCGAAGAAACAAGAUGACAGCAUACAUCACGGAACUGUCUGAUAUGGUUCCAACAUGCUCUGCUCUUGCUCGCAAACCUGACAAACUUACCAUUUUACGUAUGGCAGUGGCUCAUAUGAAAGCAUUGAGGGGUACUGGAAAUACUUCUACGGAUGGCACUUACAAGCCAUCAUUUUUAACGGAUCAGGAGUUGAAACACUUAAUACUAGAAGCAGCGGAUGGUUUUUUAUUCGUAGUCAGUUGCGACACGGGUCGUAUUAUUUAUGUUAGUGACAGUAUAGCCCCUGUUUUGAAUUAUUCCCAAGGAGAAUGGUAUUCUUCAUGUUUAUAUGAUCAAGUCCAUCCAGAUGAUGUUGAAAAAGUUCGGGAACAAUUAAGUACUCAAGAACCACAAAACACUGGGCGCAUAUUAGACCUGAAGACCGGUACGGUCAAGAAAGAAGGGCAUCAAUCAUCAAUGCGGCAAGUGAUGGGUUCGCGGCGCGGAUUCAUAUGCCGCAUGCGCGUGGGCGGCACCGGCGAGGGUGCUCACUUGGGGCGCCUGCGCGCGCGCAACUCGCUGGGGCCUUCGCAUGACGGACACAACUACGCCGUAGUUCAUUGCACAGGAUACAUAAAAAAUUGGCCUCCCACAGAUCUGUUUCCAGGAAUGCAGAUGGAUCGACCAGUAGAAGAUGAACUUCAUGCAUCUCAUUGUUGCCUCGUUGCAAUUGGACGUUUACAGGUAACAUCGACGCCUAACGCGUCUGAAAAUAGUCUAUCAACAGGGGGAGUGGAAUUCGUGUCUCGUCACUCAGUGGACGGCCGCUUUACGUUCGCUGACCAGCGCGCCACACAAGUGGUGGGUUACGCCCCUGCAGACUUAUUGGGGAAACUUUGCUACGAAUUUUAUCAUCUCGAGGACCAACAGCAUAUGAGAGACAACUUUGAUCAAGUGCUGAAAUUGAAGGGCCAAAUAAUUUCACUAAUGUAUCGGUUUCGCACAAAAAGCAAAGAAUGGGUUUGGUUGAGAACAUCAGCAUUUGCUUUCUUGAAUCCAUACAAUGACGACGUAGAAUAUAUCGUCUGUACGAAUACAUUAGCCAAUCGUUCAUUAGGGAAUGCGGGGACGGAGCCCGUACCAGAAGAGACAUAUGACUAUCACUUACGUCACCGAGACGUAUACCAGGCUCCUCCACCUGCACUUCACCAACAACAUCAUGCACAGACAGCUGGCGGCGGUGUGGGCGCGGUGGGCGUGGGCGCGGGCGCGGGCGGCGCGGCGGCGCGCUCCCCGGAGGCGGGGCUGGGCGCGGCGCCCGCCUACGCGCCGCACUACGCGCCCGAGUACUCGCCGCACCGCCCCGCCAACACGCCGCCACACACCACCUGGACCACGCUCCGUCCGAGUGGCGGCGGCGCGGGCGGUGAGACGUAUGCGUACAGCGGGGAGACGACGACGGGCGGCGCGGGCGGCGGCGGCGGCGGCGCGGGGGGCGGCGCGGCCGGCCCGGGGGGCAGCCCCGCCCGCUCCCCGCCCGCGCCCGCCUAUCUGCCGCCCGCCGCGCACUACCACCACAACCACCACCCGCACCCGCACAGCAUGUGGUCGUGGCAGGGCGGCGCGGGCGCGGGCGGGGGCGCGGGCGCGGCGCCCGAGGGCGGGCACGGGCCGCACGAGCUGUCCGACAUGCUGCAGAUACUCGACCAGAGCGGGGCCGCUACCUUUGAGGACCUAAACAUCAAUAUGUUCAAUUCGAACUUUGAAUAGCGACCUACCUGUUGUGCAAACGUUUGUACCCACUUAAACCCGCACUCUAUGAUAUAGAGACGAACGUGCUUUCUCGUGUUGGCGCGUCUUCGAUCUCCUCGUCUCACUGAAAAAUUAAAUUAAAUCCUAUUAAAUGAGUGAAUAUUUUGAUAUAUAUACUGCUACACAUAGAAUCUCAAUAGGACCAGGAUAGUGCUUGAAAACUCGUCUAGUAAAAUUAUUAUAACUACAUAUGAACGAUAUAUCCGAUGUGAACAUGUUAUUUUUUUUAUUAUUGUUUUAUUUAUUUCAUAGAAAUCAGAUUAUACGACAGAUACUUAGAUAGAGAGAAUACACGCGUUCUAUUUUCUUAGCCUUUUCUUCUUCAUUUAACGCCUUUGCUAUGGCACUUGAC